CAGAGGAGGCGCUAGUUUACGUUUACAUGUUUGCAUAUGGAGGGCUGUGCGCCUGUUGGAGACUCCGGUUGUGUGUUGCUACAAGUGUGAUAUUUGCACCUUGCAUUUGCUCUUUAUUUCGCGUGCGUUAAACUAAUUGAUCAUUGACGAUGCCUUAUCUUCGAAGGUCAUGUUGGUACUACGAACGCGAAAGUCUUCCAUGUCACUGACCAGCAUCAAGCAAGCAUAGAAGUAAGACCAUUGAAGAUGGUUACAGAUGCUUCUUUCAAGACGGGCGGCCAGGUUGAUGGCAUUGUUGCAGCCCUUGUGGAAAGCUUGGGAGACAAACAAGACAGCGUCUGCCGUGCAGUCAGUCACUCACUACAAGUUAUCGGCAACCAUUGGCCUAAUCUUGUAUUGAGUAGCUGCCAUGAGUACUUGACCAAGGAGUCAAAAUUGUCAUCCUCUCACAAAAACUUGCUGUUCACUGUGAUGCACGAAGUGUGCAAAGAUUCUGUUGACAAACUAGACAAAGCACUGUUAAACAAUGUUUGUAAGACUACAAUUGAGGAGAUGACACGUACUAAGGAGAUGACAACAGACAGUGUUCUCUGUCGAAUAGUGAUAGCCCUAGGCAGACAGCAUCCCCACGAGACAAUGGAGCUGGUCCAAGCCAAAUUUCAGCCGGGCUCCUUGCCACACCCUCUUGUGUUGGAAACCCUCGCUGGACUAGCGCUUGCGAACCCAUUUGGUAUCAUGCCCUUUCUUAAAGCCCUACUUGGCACCAUGCUACCAAUGUUAAGUGGAGCUCGCACAGAACAGCUAAAAUGGGCUAUGGCAUUUGCGCUCGGCAGAUUCUCUGAAGCAAUUGUGGAGUAUCUGAGCAACAUUGAAAAAGCACCCGAUCCAUCUGUGCAAAAGGCUAGCUUCGCUACUGAAAUAAUCAGUGCCUUUGACUUUCUCUUAGCCAACUGGCUGCAGGCAAGGGAAGCAAAGGUUCGAGCUGAGUCAGCUGUAACCCUUGGCUACAUGGCACAGCUUCUGAGCAAGUCAAAGCUGGAAGAGCAACUGCCGAAGCUUCUCCCAUCUCUGAUUGCGCUCUAUCGAAAACAACAUGACUGUUUUCCUGUCAGUAAGGGGUUGUGUCUGGUUUUGGAAGCAGCCACCGAGUACAAAUGCCUUGUGCUGGAGCAGCACCUGGAUGUUUUGAACAACUCACUGUUUCUACAGGUUUGCAACCCGCCGGACUACACAGAACCUGCAAGUGUCAGAAACCACAACGAAAGCCUACGCUGUUUUACUGUGUUAGCUACAAUGUUUCCGGAUAGACUGACAGCCUUCCUCUUGAUGAAAGCAGAGAACAGCAAUGAUAAAACAAGAAUUGGAGCUCUGACAGUGCUGAAACACAUAAUCAAUUGUGCAGGAUCCACAGAACAAGAUCCAAACUUGGAUGAAAGGAUGCGCAGCAUAAUUUUGGGCCUGCAGUCAUCGUUCAGUGAUCCAAGCAACAAGGCAAAGAAAGUGUUGGCCCAAGUCAUCGUUGCUCUGGCUCACCAUGGUUACCUUGAUGCAAAUGGUGGUCACUCCAUGGUUGAGUUCCUUGUUCGGCAGUGUGCUCUUCCAGACGAUACAGCCAAGCGUCCGACAGACUUCGACUAUGUGAGCAAUGAGGCACUGCGUACAAUGUGUGAAAAUGUUUUGCAGCUUCUGACAACCACUGUUGACGACAUUGACAAGAUCAUGUGGCCUUCCUUAUUUGAGUACUUGUUGUGUGAAGAGCUGACCCCAGCUGUAGGGAUUCUUUGCAAGUGCCUUGCUAAUUUUGCUUCAAAGAAGCGGGACGCAGGUUACCCUAUUGAGAUCAACUAUGAGAAACAUGCUAGUGUACCAAAGCCGCAAGAGUUGCUGGCACGAUUGCUAGUCGUGCUCGGCUCUCCCUUGAUACACCAUCACCGAGGAGUUCAUGUCCUACGCCUGCUGCGUUGUUUGCCUGCAUUAGUGCACCGUAACCUGGUGGCCCUCUGGGACACUGUUCUGCCCCAAAUGACUUCUCAAUUGCAAAGUGCUAUUGAUAACCCAGAAAAUGGUCUGGACAGGGAGGCUUGGCGAGAGCAGAUUUUGGACCUGACCCAGAGAUGCUUUGUGGAAGUGGACAAAGAAGAAUGGACUCUGUCAUUGGGAAAGGCUAUGCAGGCGCAACUUAGCCUGUAUAGUGCAUACCCAGAUGAUAAGUGCAUGCUGCUACAGUUGCUUGGAGCAGUUAUGAAAAAAGUGAGCAGCAAGCAGUUUAUAAAUGGAGCUCUAGACAAAAUAUUUGAGCAUAUCAACCAUGUACACCCACGGGAAAGAGAGGGUUGUGCUCUUGCAGUAGGUAUGUGUGCAGCAUCUCACUUGGAUGCUGUGGUAGUAAAGCUGGAGCAGGUAGCAAAAGAUGAUCUUCGUAAGAAUUCUGGAAUUCUUAGCUUUCUGAAGGAUAUUACUGGUGACAGUUAUCAUGAGAAGCUUUUGGCAACAGUUGUCUUGAGUUAUGGCCAUGUUUCUAUGCGAGCUCCAGCAUCAAUCUUGACUACAAGGAUUGAAACACCCAUUCUGAGAAGUGCUGCAAAAUUCUACCAGGCAUCGAAGGACCCCUCUGUGCGGCAUGCAAUGCUCCGCACCGUGAAAAUGAUUGCAGAUGCAGUUCACCCUGACAAACUUCAGGAGCAAUAUGUCUUCUACUCAAGAGGCGAUCUGGUUACUGAGAUGCAACAGUUGCUCAAGGCUGAGAAUCCCAUUCUUGUCACAUCCACAACAAGGGCCCUAGUUCUCAUGGCUCUGGCUAGCCUUGUCAAAUUGGACCCACCUCUGCCUCCAAGUGAAAUAUCUGCUCUUGUGACAAUGGCUGUUUCACGAGUCUACCCAUUGCCAGUGCGAAGCCCUCCCAUUGCGUUUGAUGAUGCAGCAAGUGGCGACCAAGCACAUAACCAUUCAGAGUUGGUGGCAGGCAGCCUUAGUGCACUGGACCAAUUUCUUGCAGAGUUGUUGUCCAAAGACCGUACUCCUGAUAAUCUUCAGCUAAUCAUCAGGGUGCUGGUCCCUUGGCUCAAUUCUAAACAGGAGUAUGAGAGAGAGCGCUGCUUGAACUCUAUCUGGGAGCUUAUGAUGCUUUACAGCAGUCACAUCGAAUCUGGGGUGUUUCGGAUGUUCAGUUGUUUUGGCUUUGUCCUUGGUACUCUUGUGCCUCGCUGCACCGACUCCAGCAUCUCCAUUCGCAACACUGCUCUGACCUGUAUCCACCUGUCUCUCGAGAUAAACAACAAGAGUCAAAGCCUUUCAUCUAAGGAGGACACAGAUUAUCAUGGUGUUGAUGAUCUUCAGGCAAACAUUCAGAAGUCAGACCCUGAGACCUUUCACGUGAUUUCAAAAGAGUUGGCAAAGACACUGGCCAAGAAGGUGCCGUCCAUUCAACUCCUUUCGUUAGCCGAGACACUGCUUCAAGGUCUCAAGGAUCCAGUGUCAAGCAGCUCUUCUGGUGCAGCCCAUGUACUUUCUGGCCUGCUGCAGCUGCGUGGUGCUGAGCUGCGGGGUGAAGUGGCCCACCUUGUCGAAGGGCUGCACCAGCAGCUUUCGCAUGUCCACUCUCCCCAAACGCAGUCUGAGGCCCUUGAAGUGGUUCGAACUUUGGCUCAACACCACUCAAGCAUCGUUGUGAAUGCCCUUCUUACCUAUUCACUACCUUAUGACAAGCACAUAUGUGAGUGCUGGUCAGCACUGGCCAAAGAUCCUGCCAUGGGUGCGAGUAUUGUGAACCACCUGCUGGAAAUGCUGGACAACCAGGGAGCGACAGAAUUUCAGCCAGACCCCAAAAGCCAAAGAGGCACCAUCAGAGUGGCCGUUAGGGAUGUGCUUGCAGCCAUCUGUGCCCUCCAGGAGAUGUUCAACACUGUUGGAAUGGAGUCCUGUGCUAAGGAGGCAUUUGGCCACGUUUUCUCAGCCCUCCUAUUGGCUGCAGCAAGUUAUGUUGGCGUCAGUGCAGUGAGCUUCAUUUCAACAAACACUACCACCAAACAGGAGUCCGGAGCCAGCCCCAAACUGCUUCCACUACGAUGUGCACUUCAGGCUUUUGAGGCCUUCCUAAGGCGGGCAGGUCAGGAAGAAAUUGUGGCCAGUAUGGAAAAGGAUGGCCACUGGGACAGCAUGGAGCAAGAUGAAGUUUUUCCAGAUUCUGUUACUGUAUUGGCUGGACUUAUGUGCCAGCAGUGCCCUUGGCACAUGGCAGGUGUGGUGUCAGGCCUGCAGAACAGGCUUGGCAGUAGCCCAUUGGAGACUCAGCGCCUGGCUGUGUUGGCACUGUUUGCUGAGCUGCUGAGCCAGCCGUUUGAGGGGGCACCCCUGCUGGCCGAGCCGCUCAUGAACCACCUGCUGAGCUCCCUGGCUGACCCCAGUCUUGCUGUGCGCCGGCUAUGCCUGCGCAGUCUUGCCCAUCUAGGCCGUGCUGAAGGGCAUCUGGUUCAUCGUUACUCCAGCACAGUCUUAUCUGCCAUGAUCAGUGGUCUUGAUGACAAGGAUGACACAGAGCAGAAGAUCAUGCUGGAAGCUAUCAACGGACUUGCCACACUUCUGUGUCACGCUGAUCAGCAUGAUGUUGGAAGCUUCAUCACAACUGUGGCUCUCCGGCUACGCCCCAUGUUUGAAAAGGAAAAAUGUGAAGUGCGUGCAGCAGCGUUCAAGCUGUUCGGAGACCUGGCCCGCUUUGCAGAGGGAGAAUUCAGAGAUGCAUUUGUGGAACAGGCCAUCAGCAACGUGAUCACGCUGCUUGUGCACUUGAACGAAGGUGACAAGCAUGUUGUAAAGGCAUGCAAGGCAACUUUGAAGAAGCUGGGGCCAUUGCUCGGAUCUGAAGAAGUGAACAACAUGUUCCAGAGGCAUUUGCCUGAUGGUUCCCAUCUCCACUACUCUGAGUUCAUUAGCGACCUAACAAAAGUCAUGGUGAUUGAUCUCGAACAGCACAUGUCCACAUUUGUGACCUUAUGUCUUGGUCACAUGAAGAGCCUUAACCCAACUAUUCAGUGCAAUGCUGUGUUGCUCUUAGGCUGUCUGCUGGGAAAUGCGCGUGCGGAGCUCCGUAAGGACCUUCCUUGUGAGCGUGCAUGCUCAGCACUCGUCCUGCUGCUGAAGGCUGAGCUUCCCGAGCAGCGCUGCAGAGCUGCGGAAGCUCUGAGCCUUCUCCAUGGUUGCUGAAGAAGUCUGGUUGCCUCUCAACUAGCUGCUAUGGCUUCUUGCCAUUGAAAGCAAACGCAUGUGUGCCUCAAAGGCUUUUUCCACACGUUUUGCUCUAAGUCUUUGCGUCUUCCCCACUGGAGCCUUGAUUAUAACUGCCAAGUCGCAGGCAUUGUAAGCAGCAUUGAGUGGGGUCCACUCUUUGCCAUAGCUUGUUGGUUGCAGUUGCUCUUGACGAUCACAUAUACGUUUCUUUGUUUUUAAUUUGCAGCAUGCUGUUAAAGGCAUGCAGUGUUAUAUUUUUCCAUAUAUAAUGCAUCAUGCUAUUAUUAUGCAGUGCGACAUAUGCAGAGUGAUAGAUGUAUGGUAUAUAUAUGGUUGUAUCUUGAUUAUAUUAUAAUGUGAGGUUGUAUAUUUAAUGUUAUAGGCUCUGGUGAGAAGGCUAGCACACGGUUCUUCUUUAAUUUUUCUAUCCUAUAUAAGAUUGUGAGAGAUAUCAAUGUGGUAUUGUUUAUUCCAGAGCACUGUAUGCUGGUGUGCAGAGGGCUCACUCAAGUCUUGGUUUCUUAUAUUUUAGCUUCUAUACCAAUGCAUAUUUUUCUAGUGCCCAUAGUGAAGCAAUAACGCACUUACAAUGUUAAUUCAAUUGCAAGCAUUCCCCACUUGGUUAAUUUUGCACAUCAAAUCAUUUAGUCUGUGUGUUAUAUACACCUUGCUGUGUGCAAGUAUCAACAGCAGGUAUUUGAUUAAACUUGGUGAUACUCGACUUGAAAUAGCAGGGACACUUCCGUGAGAAUGGAGAUACUGAAAAACUUUUGUACAGGUAAUUUUUAAUUCUUUCCUCUGGCUUCCCAAUAGUUGAGUUCAUAACGAGUUUAGUUACAGUGAAGGUCAAGAAGUCAGAAGUCACUUCAAAAUGGGCAUUGUUUAUUUUCAAAGCACGGUGUUCAUAUGCAAAAUACACAGCAGAAGCAAAGCUUAUCUUCUGUCUUCACUGCAGUACAACACUGUUAUAGCGCGUAAGCAGUAACGCGCCAGAUGUAGCUGCUUUAUUUUCACCAUUUAUUUUACACACAAGGUGACUGACUUUACAAGAUGGAAGCACUAUUUUUAUUCAUGUUAAGCAUUGUACCAACUUGUGUAGGUACAGUAGCUCAUGUGAUUAGUCUGUAUAAAGAUAUAGAGAAUUCUUGCAUUCUUGUAAUCUGGUAGAUGUGAAUGUGUCUGAUAUAUUAAGGCAUAGUAUACUUUGUGUUGAAUACAAGGCAGUCAUGCCUGCCACUAGGUUUCUACGCAUGAAGCCACAUUCUGCAAGCAGUUUUUCUUUUAUAACCACCCGCCUAUGUAUAAUUUGCUCAUGUCUCAUGUAUGCCAUUGAAUGGCUUAUAAUGCAAAUCAUGUCUGGGGUAUAGCUCUUGUAUUAGACUCUGCAUUGUGCCACGAAAGCUGCAGCUGGUACUCGGAGGUUGGAAGAGGCAACGCAGUGACCUUGUUAUAAUGGCGGCCUUUUUCUUUGGUGGCACUAUUUUCUUAUUUUUUUUGGGGGGGGGGGGGGGGUGGUUUACUGUCUGAUGCCUUCAAUUUUUGUGGUAUCGAUUGCAUGGACAUAUUGUAUGCUGCUGCUAACCAUGAUGUGUGGUUUGAAAGGAGAGCCACCGGCUUCACUUUUCCACUAGCGAAAGUGGCAGACAUGGCACACCAGACUUUGCUGCGAGUCGUCUUGAAUGUGAGUAUAGUUGGUUGCAGUUGUGAAUUCUUCUCUUGUAGCACACUUAGGGACAAUACCGGUACUUUGCUUGGCACAUUUAGUGUCUUUUGCAACCUUGGCUUAAAAUUCCCAAGCAGUAAUGUGCAUAUUCACUGUUGCAGUGGUGAAGGCACAUUUGGAUUUCAGUCGCCAUUCUCUGCUGCGACUGAUAAUUGUGUGCUUUAGCGACGGAUAAUGUGUGCUUUAAAGGACACAUUAAAGCAUGUGCACUUUAAUGUGUGUGCACAUAAGUGUGUAAGAUGGGUAUCCGCAUUUACUUUUGAAAGACUUUCGAGGUAUUUGUGUUAGAGGUGUCUUCUAUUGCACAAAGUACCCUAUAGCUGAUGCUGUAGUACAGCAAGCUGGUCAUGACAAGCACAGAAGUUAUUAGGUACCGACUACAGUUAGUUUUAUGAGCAUAUUUACUGGCACCUCUCACACCUGUACUUUGCUGCUGUUCAUGAUUUAAUUAGAAGAAUUAUUGCAGUUGAUUUUGUUUUGUUAAAAAACUUUUUGAAGAAAGGUCACUUAUGUAGAAAUGCCUGUGGGAAUAUGCACUGUAAGGCACCUGAAACUGAAUUGAGUGAUCCCUUCCCACUUUGAAAACGAAAAUUUACAAUAUGUGUUAGCAUGACUUUGUGCUUUCUAUAGAUACUAAUGAUUCUAACUGCAAAUACAGCCUCUGAUGAGCUGCUAGCUGCAGGGGCGUAGCCAGAAAUUUUUUUCGGGGGGGGUUCAACCAUACUUUAUGUACGUUCGUGCGUGCAUUUGUAUGUGUGCGUGCAUAUAUACGCAAGCAAAACUGAAAAAUUUCGGGGGGGGGGGGUUGAACCCCCCCAACCCCCCCUUGGCUACGCCCCUGGCUAGCUGCAUAUGCAAGCUCUAGCUGUGUUCAUAGAGAAGACUUGACCGUUAGGCACUUCAUUUAGGUGCAUAGUUAGCAUGCUUAAUAUUGCUUUACAUUCGUUGGUUAUGAUGCUGUCUAAUUUGUAAAGUAUGUGUGUACAUGAAACCACACUUGCUAGAAGGCCACUAGCAGUUUAUCAGCAAUUCUUUGUGUAUUAAGUGUACUAUACCAUGAACUCGUAUACACAGUAGAUUUUUCGCAAAUUACUGUGGGAACGUGCUGCAUUUGCAUGUGAUGUGUCAGGUGAAGGUAUCAUGUGAACAAGCUUUCUCUUGCAUUAUAGCCCCUCUGUGAAUAUUUGUAAACUAUUCCCAACUGUGGUGGUGGGUGAAAAGCAUUCUUGGAAUGUCCACAGAUCUAUACGCACCUAACUUCAUCUCUUUCAAUUUUCUUAGCAGCAGGCAGACACAUAAUUUUGUAACCUGUUUGCCAAGCUCAGCCACUAAACAGCACUCUUGCCAUUAUGUACUUCCACAGAUUACUAAUUUCUUGGAGAUUAUAAAUUUGGUGUCAACACGAGAGGUUAGUGCUCUUGGCCUACUUCUUGUCAACAUGUUACAUGAGUUUUUCUGUGUUUUUUUUUCUCAUGUUACACCGUUUUCAUUGGUCCUUAUUCCUCUGUUAUUGACAUUGUUCCAGCUUCUUCCAAGAAACAAAAUUGAUACUGCUUUUUGUAUUUCUUUUUUAGCAUCUAAUGUUUUCAUGGUGUACAGUGAGAGCCAGCAUGUUUUGGUGGCACUUUAUUUGCAACACCACCACCUUGGUAUAUGCACUGGGCCAGUUGAAUGAUCCUUUUUAACAUUCAAAAUAAAUAAAUUAUAUUGCUGGCCCAUGUGACUGCAGAUGCAAUUCUUGGCAGUAGUUCCUAUCUUAUGUGUGAAUGUGUAACCGAUUUUGUGCUACUUGGCACACUUUAGUUGUGGCAAAAUUUAGCAAGUGAGGUAAGCUCAGCCACUGGACAACUAAGCGCUGCGGAAAAGCAAACCUCACAGUGGCUGUAGGCAUGUAUUUGCAAGGGCAAGAGGUACGAAUUUAAUUUGAGUAAAAUAAUCAAGCCUUGAUUGUAAAGACAUUUUAGUCUAGUUUUUCUUUUGGCAACAUAAAUGCAGUGUUCGAGCAUGUUAACGUAAAGAAACCUGCUGAUAACUGCAUUUGUAUGUCAUUAUUUCAUAUUCUCACUAAAAUAAUUACGGAGGCCAUGAAAACGAUAUCAACAGGCUGAGCAGGCUUGGCAGCCAUGGUGCACCAUUUUCCCCUAAUGAUCUGUUGCCAUUCGCUGUGAUGAAGAGAUAGGGUUUGUGUGCAUCAAUUUUCACAAUUACUUCUGUCCGUUGCUUUUUGACAUACAGAGAAGCAAAUAUGAUGAACAAAAGGUGUUGCAGAGCCCCUUGAAGUGCAUUUAGGCUGCUUCUACAUAAGUCAAUUCAGUGCACUUGCUGGAAAAAAAAAGCUAUCACUUGUCUCAGAUAUUUCACUUUGCAGCAUGCUUUUCUUGCUCUGCCACCUACUUGUUACAUGUUAUUCAAAACAAAUUUGUGAAGAUUCUUCUUAAGCAAAAAAAAAGAAAAAGAAAAAAAAAGAAACUUAUCUCGUACAGACAUGUAAAGCCCAUUAAUGUACUCCAUGCACAUGGGCACUUUCUCUUUUGCUUCUCUUCCUCUACUACUGCUUGCUAUUAAUAUGGUCAGUAAAUACAUACAUAUAUAUGCAUAGAGGAAUGUAGUUUUGUAGUGUUCUAGUGCAGUGCUUGCAGUGCUGCUGCCGAUGAUAAGUUGUCAGUGUUACCUGAGGUGUAAUAAAGAGGCAGCUGUGACCUUCAUUGCAUUUUCUGCCAUUCCUGUGUAAAGAAAGAAAAAGAAAAGACCAUAAGCAUUUCUUGCCUGAUUCAAGUGUUCUCGAAUAGAUGCAGGUUACUUGGAUGUUAGGAAGGAGCAGAAAUUAAAAUAGAAGUUGAGAGCUUUGCAUGCAUCCAGAACCACAAAACAAACUCAUCAUUUUACUGAUUUAGAGGUCACUAAGUAAUUUCAGUGUAGUUAAACGCACUUCUGUUGUCAAAUGGAGUGACAGGCAGAGGGGGAUGGCAAAAAAAAGAAAGGCUGAGUAGCAUGUGUAACAAUGCAAAAAUAAGGUUGCACAAAUUUAGCUUUUUGUGUGAAUAAUUAGUAACGAUGAUCACAGGCUGUGUUAACAGAAACAAUUCCUGUAUUGCAGCUUCUUUUCUUCUCUGGCACCCUUACCACUUGCCGUCGUUUUCAUUCCUUACUUAAUUCCAAGGAGGUACCAGUCAAAUUAAGCUGUUUUCAAUGCUUUGGACCUUUUUGUUGUUGAGUUAGCUUGAUUUGUGUAAGAGGAGUGUUGAAAGGGGGAGGUCUUUUUAUAAGUGGGGAAGAAAUAGUUGCACCAAGAUGAACGAAUGGCACAUCCUUCAUGGUAUGCAGGCACCGUGGUUACAGCCACAAUACUAAUAAUGAGCCUGUAGUCAAUCGAAUCAGCAGUGUUUUGGUGUUGCUAGCGGCCUUAUUGUUAUUACUGUCAAAACGAACGGGAAGGAGAAAUGAAGAGGUAUUUUUAUUGUAGGCCUUAUGGGGUGUUUGUUGCCCAGCUUUUUAUCUAAGGGUGUACCCGAGUAGAAAUCUUGCAGUAGCUUGUCAAGUUUAUGCACAUUGUUAUCGGUAUGUAACAGCUGUGUUAUUUUGUGGAUUGAAGCACUGAAAAUCUAUGAGUCACUCGACUUUGUAGCAGAUGAAACUGACAAGUAAAAUGCCUUUGUAUCUCGGUGUUUCAUGAAAGUGAUUUCACUUUGCCACCGAUGUAUGCUGGAUGUGAGCCUGCAACGAUCUCAUCGCCUUUUCACUGUUGGACACGGCGUAUUUGUGUCCUGUGGGAAGAAAUGCAUGAUCACUAGUACAUUACCAAUAUAUGGCAGUCAAUGUAUAGUCACAGUGGCAGACAAUGCAGUAUGUGUGCCAAAGGAGACAAAUGUGCACAGAGUUUCGGCCAUGCUUUGCAUUAUUAGUGCUUGGUCAUUGUUUGAUUUCUUUUAUCUGCAAGGGAGUUGAAUUAACUUUUGUUAUGUAGAUUUACAUACAAUCGCAUUUUCAAUUUUGUAACUGUAGUUUCAUUCCAUAACAUUUAUUUUUUGACAUUGUACUUUUGUUGGAGGGUGAAACGUUUUAGUCGCAUGUUUUGUCUGAAGCUGCAUGUGCAGCAUUGUGGCCGUUAUAUACGAGCUUGUUGUGUGUGGUUUCACAACAUAUGGCAACUGAUGUUCUUGAUGCUAUGCUUAUGGGUUGAAUAAAAGUUGUUUUCAUCUAAA